AUGCAGUUCGCGAUCACCACCGCCGCCGUCUCCGCGAACCCGCAUCUGAAGCCUCUGGUCUCCUUCCCGCGGCCGUCGCCCCAGCACCGGGUCCGAGUCCACCCUCCUCGCCACCGCCCGAACACGAGGGCGAGCGCCAUGGCCUCCUCGGCGACGCAGGAGCUCACCAUCACGCGCCCCGACGACUGGCACCUCCACCUCCGCGACGGCGACGUGAUGGCCGCUGUGCUCCCCCACAGCGCGAGGCACUUUCAGAGAGCCAUCGUCAUGCCCAACCUGAAGCCCCCGGUUACAACAACGUCACGUGCGAUCGCGUACAGAGAUGAGAUCAUGAAGGCGCUGCCUCCCGGCAGCAGCUUCGUGCCGCUCAUGACGCUCUACCUCACGGACAGCACUAGCCCGGAAGAAAUUAAGAUUGCAAGAAAGAGUGGUGUGGUUUUUGCUGUCAAGUUGUAUCCUGCUGGAGCAACUACUAACUCCCAAGAUGGCGUAACUGAUAUUUUGGGGAAAUGCUUGCCUGUCCUUGAAGAGAUGGUUAAGCAGGAAAUGCCUUUACUUGUUCAUGGAGAAGUCACAGAUCCUCAUGUCGAUACCUUUGACCGUGAGAAGGUCUUCAUUGAGAAAAUAUUAGCACCACUUGUACAAAAACUUCCACAGCUGAAAAUCGUUAUGGAACAUAUCACUACGAUGGAUGCAGUGAACUUCGUAGAAUCAUGCAAAGAAGGUCAUGUUGCUGCAACAGUGACUCCACAGCAUCUCCUUCUAAACAGGAAUGCGUUGUUUCAGGGUGGUUUACAGCCUCACAAUUAUUGCUUGCCAGUGCUGAAGAGAGAAACUCACAGGCAAGCUAUUGUUUCUGCUGUAACAAGUGGGAGCAGACAAUACUUUCUUGGCACUGACAGUGCUCCCCAUGAUAAACGGAUGAAGGAGUGUUCCUGUGGAUGUGCAGGAAUAUAUAGCGCUCCUGUUGCUCUUUCUCUUUAUGCGAAGGUAUUUGAAGAGGUCGGUGCUCUUGAUAAGCUAGAGGCGUUUACAAGCUUCAAUGGGCCAGAUUUUUAUGGACUCCCAAGGAACACAUCAAAGAUUGUUCUGAGAAGGAGCCCCUGGAAAGUGCCUGCAACUUAUGCGUACGGUUCAGGGGUGAUUGUGCCUAUGUCCACCGGCAACACUCUGGAAUGGCUUCCGUCCGAUCAGCCUGAAGAAUAA